CUUCGAAUAUGAAUCUGCUUAAUAAAUAAAAACCCAUUUUAAAGAACCCAACAAGAAAGACAGAGACAGAGCGUAGAGAGGGAGAGAGAGAGAGAGGGAGGCUUGCCAAGGUCCUAUGCCAUUCACUUACCUCUCGGGAUUUUGAAGAUUGAAGCUAAUUAGCUUUAAUUUACAGUACUUUGAUAAAGUUCCAGACUUGAUUUCUCUCCAAGGUGAUCGAAAUGGGUUCAAAGGAGAACAACCCAGGUCUCGUUAGGUCCUCAAAUUUCCAAGGUCCAAGAUUGGUGGGUACCAAGUUUGUGAAGGAGGUGGGGCCGAUCCGUCGUCAGGCACUGAGAGAUGUCCAAAACAUCACCAGAGCUAACGUCAACCCUUGUGUUGUCAACAAAAGAGAAUGUGCUGGGAAAGAUGCGGCAUGUGAUAAAAAUGUUGCAAAUCUGCCACAUAGACCAAUUACAAGGAGGUUUGCAGCACAAAUGGUCCAGCAGUGCCCAAAGGAAACCAAGGAAGUGAUUGUGUCUUCAUUGGUUGCGAAUCCGAGUGGUGUGGGGGAACUUGAUCUGGAAACUAAGAAACUGAGCUCAUCUACUGCCAAUUCUAGUUGUCUGGUGGACUGUGAAAUUGUCGAUGUGGAGGAUAAUGAGGAUGAGGCCUGUGAUGCUCCUGUGCCAAUGUUUGUGAAGCACACAGAAGCCAUGCUAGAUGAAAUUGAUAGGAUGGAAGAGGAUGAAGAUGUAGAGGAACCUGUUAUGGAUAUCGACAGUUGCGGCUUGAAGGAUCCACUUAAUGUUGUUGAGUACAUAGAUGACAUCUAUGCUCACUACAUGAAAACUGAGAAGUCAAGCUGUAUCUCCCCCAGUUACAUGGCUCACCAACCUGACAUCAAUGAGAAAAUGAGGGCGAUUCUCAUCGACUGGCUUAUUGAGGUCCACUACAAGUUUGAGCUUAUGGAUGAGACAUUAUUCCUUACUGUCAAUCUUAUAGACAGAUUCUUAGAGAGCCAAAUGGUGAUCAGAAAGAAGCUUCAAUUGGUUGGUGUGACAGCCAUGUUACUAGCAUGCAAGUAUGAAGAGGUUUCUGUCCCAAUUGUAGAAGAUUUUGUUCUUAUAUCAGAUAAGGCAUAUUCAAGGAAAGAUGUCCUUGAUAUGGAGAAAUCAAUGGUGAACAGUUUACAAUUCAACUUUUCUGUUCCUACUCCAUUUGUGUUCAUGAAGAGAUUCCUCAAGGCAGCUCAAUCCGACAAAAAGAUUGAGCUUCUGUCCUUCUUCCUCAUUGAGCUAUGCCUGGUGGAGUAUGAAAUGCUCAGGUUCCCCCCAUCUAAGCUAGCUGCUGCUGCAAUUUACACUGCUCAAUGUAGUCUGUCCCGGUUCAAGCAAUGGAGCAAGACCAGCGAGUGGUAUACUAAUUACUCAGAAGAUGAGCUCCUAGAAUGCUCAAGGAUGAUGGUUACUUUCCAUCAGAAGGCUGAAACUGGGAAACUUACUGGAGUACACAGGAAGUACAGUACAUGGAAGUUUGGCUAUGCAGCCAAAGCUCAACCAGCUGCGUUCCUCCUGGAUCUCUAACAGUGCUGACAGAGAACGUCAAUCAAAUUUAAGUGAUCAAGACUUUCUGGUUUUCAAGGUCUUUCUUGAGUUGUCACUGAGCAACAGAAGUUGGCUUGGGGGGGUCUUAGAAUAUAUCGGGUGGGUUUCUUUUGUUGACAACACCAACAACUAUCUUUAAUCUGCACUCUGCAGAUAAUGUGAAUGUUUCUUUUUUGGUAGUUUUUCACUGACUAGUGUUUCCUGGAAUACCAACGGUUUCUUCGAUGUGAUAUAUAACAGUUCCGUUUUAUGUGAGUGGUAAA